AUGUUCUGGAGAUUUGGCGGAUACGCCAACAUAUCCACCAUCGAUACUAUCCUCGAAAAGCCCGAAUUUACCGUCGAAGACCUCCUCGACGAAAGCGACCUGAUUCAAGAGCUCAAGCAGCACAACACGAAGCUUAUCGAAUACCUCCGCGAGGACAAUGUGCUCAAGACUCUGCUCGAAUAUGUCGUCGCACCCAAGUUAGAGCCCGUCGCCACCCCAGAACCAGAUGAACCCGCCGAGGAGAUCAAGGGCAAGGGUCGCCUCCUUCCCUUUUCAAGACCUCGCGCCUCAUCCCGAGCUACCGAUACCGACAACGAGGAGGAAGAGCAGGAGAAGAAGCGCAAUCGCUAUGCCUACGUUGCUGCCGAAGUCUUGUCAUCCGACACGUGGUCCAUUUACGAGGCCAUGAUGGAAAACCAAGACCUGGUGCGGGAAUUUUGGCAGUUUCUGAAGCGCCCGACGCCUCUUGACCCCCUGCAAGCCAGUUACUUUACGAAAGUCAACGAGGCUUUGUUCGACAAGAAGACGGAGGAGAUGGUUAUCCUUCUCAAAUCUCUCCCCGAGGCCGUGCCCGACUUGCUCCGUCAUGUUGAGUGCCCUAUUAUUAUGGAUCUGCUUCUCAAGAUCAUUGCCCUAGACCGCACAGAGGGCGGCCAGGGUGUUGUAGAGUGGCUAUACGGCCAAGACGUUGUGCCGACGCUGCUAUCCUGCCUCAGCCCGGAGCACAGCUGGGUUGUUCAGACAGCUGCAGGCGACUUCAUCAAAGCCAUCAUUACCAUUUCGGCCAAUGCAUCGCAAAACGAGCAGCAAUGCAUCGGCCCGAACGAACUCACCCGCCAGCUGGUGUCGCAACCCUGUGUGGAACAGCUGAUCAAGUACAUGUUAGGAGGUGGAAACCCGCUGACUGUGGGUGUCGGCAUCAUUAUCGAAGUCAUCAGGAAGAAUAACUCGGACUAUGAUCCAGACGUUGGCACCGAAGCCAACUCUGUUCCCUCGAGCCGAGACCCCAUCUAUCUAGGAACCCUCCUCCGCUUGUUUGCGCAACACAUUCCCGAUUUCGUCAACCUGAUUAUGAACAUCCCGGUGCAGAAGGGACCGUUGGAAUCGACCUUUGGCGAAAAGAUAGAGCCUCUUGGCUUCGACCGAUUCAAGACGUGCGAGUUGAUGGCCGAACUGCUUCACUGCAGUAACAUGGGCCUACUCAAUGAAGUUGGUUCCGAGGACGUUAUUGCAGCUCGAGAUGCUGAGCGUCAGCGCUUAAGAACGGAGGGUAAGCUUACCCCAAACCGCGGAGAAGAGCCGCCAUCAUCUACGGAUGACUUGACGAUGCGCAUCGGUCGUUCUUCUCCCGAGGAGGGACGUCGUUUAGAGGUAACCAAUAUCUCAGACGAUGACGGAUUCGAAGAGGUUGAGCCCAGCCGCGAAAUGAACGAGGACACGUCCCACGAGUUCGUAAAAGCCGAAGAAGAGAUUCCUGUCGCUGCACCAGCCUCGUCCUUCCUGGACAGAGACGAAGACGACUUUGUGGACGAGCCGCUCAGCUCGCCCAGACUCAACGUCGCAGAUGACAAAAUCAAGGAACAACGAUUUGAUGACCCCGAUCUGGUGGUCGCUCCCCUUUCGCCGAACAAGCCAAAGACUGCUUCCAUCGAUGAGACUGCUGCUGCAGCAGCGGUUUCCGAAGCCAAGUCCGAAUUGGAGGCGAAGCCGGAUUCCGUUGACGCCAAGAGUGAAGAGCCGGCUGCGAAAGAAUCAGAAUCUGAGAAGACUGAGAAGACUUCCGGCGCAGACGACCUGGCUGACAAGACCUCGGAUGAUGCUACCAUUAACAAGGUAGAGGAACUUUCGCUUGACGAGAAGGCUGAUCAAACGGUUGUUCCCGAGGACAAUCAGAAGGGUGACGAGUCCGACUCUUCUGUUGUCUAUACGCCUAGCGUCACCGAUUCUGAGGCGAAGCCCGAGCCAGCAGAGACCGCGCCGGCAGUGCCUGAACCUCCCCAGCACCCCGAAGACAUGCCAGCCCCUCUGUUUUCCAAAUCCACCACUGAUCCUGAUGCGACUGCGGACAAGGACGCUACUUCCAAGGAGACCGAAUCCGAAGUUGAGCCAGCUCCGGAGGUUCCCAUGGCCCCUCCAGUUCCCGAGGUGCCAGAAGCCCCCGCGGCUCCAGGAACUGACGACGAUGCGACAAGGGAGGCUGGAGACCUACCGCCUGCUGUUCCCGAUCGGCCUGACCCGAACAGCGUGAAGCCUGUUGUCGGCGACUACCUCAAGGUGCAAUUUGUCGAAUACCGUGUUGUGCCCACGAUUCUGUCCUUCUUCUUUGCUUACCCGUGGAACAACUUUCUCCAUAACGUGGUAUAUGAUAUCGUUCAGCAGGUUUUUAACGGGCCUAUGGACAGAGGCUACAACCCGACCUUGGCAGUUUCACUGUUUGAGGCUGCGGAUAUCACGACGGCUAUCAUCAAGGGCCAACUCGCUAGUGACGAGUCACAGGCCAGGAUGAAGACUCGCAUGGGUUACAUGGGACAUCUCACUCUCAUCGCUGAAGAGGUGGUGAAGUUUACGGAACGUCACCCUCCCGAACUCUUGUCUGAGACUGUUCUUGAACGGGUUAUGGACCCGCGAUGGAUCAGCUAUGUGGAAGGCGCCCUCGCCGAAACUCGUGAGCGAGACAACGCCAUUCUCGGCGGAGUCCGUCCCGAGGUGGCUAUGGGUAACCGGGCCGGCAUGUCUGGCAGCGGGCUCGCAGCAGUCGGUCUCUCUGGCCUGGGAUCGUCCUUUUCCAACUCCCAGAGCAAUACUGGCUCCAACGCGCUCGCUGAUGCUGGACUCAACGGUAACGCAGACCUUCAAGAAAGCAGCGGUAACGGUAUUGGGCCAUUCGCCAUCAGCUCAGGCACUCUCAUGUCUGGCUUCGGCAGCUCCAGUGAUGAGGAGGACGAGGGGGAAGAAGAGAACGAAGACGAUGUCAACAAUGAGGUGAGUGAUAUGCUCUCAGAGCUCCGUGAGAUGGAACCACCUGCAUUGGACCCUUGGACGCAAUCUCUUAUCGACGACAAUAACCCCGACGAGGACGAGGAAAAAGACCGGGAAAAGGAUGCUCGAAUAUCCCAAGAGGAUCACACCGAUGGCGCCGGCGAUGACUUUGGACGUAGGAUAGAUGUAGAGGACGUAAGCAACGAUUCGCCGAACCUUGUAUCUUGGGACGAUAAGGGGGUAUGGGGCAAUGAGUUCGGAGAUCUUGAGUCUGAUGAGGAAAUGCACAUGAUUCGGCCUUCCCUCAAUUUCAUGUCAUGGCUUAGAAGGAGAACGGAUAGACAUAUCGAUGACGAGAGCCUGGGAGAAGGUGUAGGAUUACACGUCCUUGUUCGUGCCGGCGUCGAUUCCUUGGGAUACCAGACAACUUUGGACUUUUCUUAUCCACUUCAACCACUUGCGAGCCGGGUCAUCUAUAACAGCAAAACGACAAUGACGAAACUUGCCUCCGGGAUCUUUCUUACAAUCUUCCGGGCUUAUACCGAUCCAUUGAACAACACCUCAUCGUCUCUCAACCCGCCAUCGAUCCCUCCGCCUCCGCCGCCGCCGCCGCCAUUGAACAACCCUCCUUCUAGAGCGCGGUUGCAGCUUGCGGCUCGUUUGGCUAUGCACCAGAAGAACCAGGCCGCUGCUUCUCAAGAAGAAGACGACGACGACGACGACAAGGGCGAGUCUGGUGAGGGCGAGCGGCUAGAGAACCCGUUUGCCGAUGACGAAGACGACGAAGAAAAUUCGAGCGACGAGGACGACGAAGACCGUCAUGGCCCAGGGGCAGCGGCAGCUGUUGCAGGUGCCUGGGGUCAACCUGGAAGUGGGUCGUGGUGGCGAGGGGUGGGACGUCAGGGGCGGCCACGAUUUGACGGACAAGAUGAUUCGGACGAGGAAGACGACGAUGAGGAGUUUGGUGAUUUUGCCAUGCCCGAGGUGGAGCCAGCGCCGGGUACGGAUCCCAACGAGAAGGUGAUUCUAAAGCCUCUCGCGGUACACCCGCCGCAGGGUGCUUCGGGAGGCAAAGCCUUUAGCGGUCUGUGGCCGUUUGCAGGUAAGAAGGAUGGCAAGGACGAUGGUGAGAAGGGGCCAUCGGAAGAGACGGCGACGGGAGACGACGAGAAGCCGAUCCAGGCGGCCGUCGAGGCUGCUCGGCGGACGAGCAUCGAAGAUCCGGAUGACGAUGAAGAGGUUGUGGUGCAGAAGCCGACAAGCCUCUGA